AAGAGAGGCAUGACUGUGUCUGUGUGCCCGUGUCGACCGACCCCAGACCCAGAGCCAGGCCGGGCCACCACCACCUGCUGACGCCGGCGAUCGAUCGGGAGAAAAACUGCUUAUAAGGGGCCGGGGUUCCGCUGCAGGUAAAGGCAUCGAUCCGCAGCAGUGCCCAAAGAGGAAGAGAGCAAGCAAGGUGUCUUUGGCAACGCUCAUCAGAUCACACACCCCCGCGCGUGCUAGCUAGCGAGCUGCUGUGUAGGAUCCUCUCGCCAGCCGGUGCACCGCCGGCCGGGCGCCCUCCUCCUCGGCGUCUGUCAUCAUCCGCCGGCCGGCGCGCGGCGGUGGUAUCAUCAGUACGUACUUCUGCUGCUUCGUUUAAGUAGUAGCUCAUCGCUUCACCGCCGCCGCCGGAGAGAGAGGGAGAGAGAGACAGAUCGGUAUCAUCAUCAUGGCGCCGGUGGGGCUCCCGCCGGGCUUCCGGUUCCACCCGACGGACGAGGAGCUGGUGAACUACUACCUGAAGCGCAAGAUCCACGGGCUGAAGAUCGAGCUGGACAUCAUCCCUGAGGUCGACCUCUACAAGUGCGAGCCAUGGGAGCUCGCAGACAAGUCGUUCCUGCCGAGCCGUGACCCUGAGUGGUACUUCUUCGGGCCACGGGACCGCAAGUACCCCAACGGGUUCCGCACCAACCGCGCGACGCGGGCGGGGUACUGGAAGUCCACGGGCAAGGACCGCCGCGUGCUGCACCACGGCGGCCGCUCCAUCGGCAUGAAGAAGACGCUCGUCUACUACCGCGGCCGCGCGCCGCAGGGGGUCCGCACCGACUGGGUCAUGCACGAGUACCGCCUCGACGACAAGGACGCCGAGGACACGCUGCCCAUCCAGGACACCUAUGCAUUAUGCCGGGUCUUCAAGAAGAACGCCAUCUGCACCGAGGUGGACGGCCUGCAAGCGCAGUGCAGCAUGGCGCUGCUGGAGGGCGCCUGCCAGCAGCUGCUCACCAGCGGCAGCCAGGAGUACCAGACCUCGUCGCCGGAUGUGCCCGUCGCGUCCACAUCCGGUGGAGCCGACGACGACGCGGAAAAGGAUGAGUCCUGGAUGCAGUUCAUAUCCGACGACGCGUGGUGCUCCAGCACGGCGGACGGCGCCGAGGAGAGCACCUCCCGUGUGGCCCUGGCCAGCUGAAACCCUUUUAUCUGUUGUUCAAAAAUGAUGCGACUGAGAAAUCCUCCUAAUAACUAUUUUUCCUCCUUUUUCUCUGAUCGAGAUGGUGAUGAUGAUGCCGGCUAGCCAUCAAUAACCACCGUGAUCAUGUCUACAAAGUGUAAGAUCAUAGCACAAUAAGCAUGCAUCUUUGGGGUUUUCAGCUUCCAUCCUAUUGCUGGGGGUUGAAGGAUCGUUGCCGCCUCAAGAUUGUUCUCAGAAUCCUUCCUUGAGUUGAGUUCAUAAGGAGGGUUAUAUAUACUCCUAUAUUAUAUAUAUAUAGUAUAUAAAACAACCAGCUCCCCCUUAUUUUCUUCUUCUUUGGGUUUUCCAUCGCAUGUAUUGUACUUUUUGAGUGGUGUCUUUUUUUCUCUUAUGUGAAGCAUACUGGUUGUAGCUAUGCAAUUGCAUAGUUUUUGUCUUGUGCCUAUAUGUCAGAUGAAAUAUAAUGCGCAUUAUGAAUGGAAAUUGAAGACAAUUAUUAUGAAUAUUA